AUGGGGGACGAUCCUCCUCCGGGAGGAGGUGGUAUUCCACCAGACUUGGAGGGUCCUCUUCAGGCUUUGAAUCGAAGCCAGGGGGAGUCUUCUGGUGCACAGAGAACAAUGAAACGUCAUGCGGAGACGGAAAUAACUAAUCCCAACCCCAAGAAAAAUAUAACCCCGGCCGCUUCUGUGCAGGAUGUAUUUACUGUGCCAGAAUUCGCAGGCGAAAAACUGAAGUACUCAGAUUCUGACCAAGGCCCCUUUUCUGUACAUGUCUCACGUUUGGAAAGUGAUCCGUCAGCGGGUCUCACCCUAAGAGUGCUAAAACUUGCCCAACUCUUGUUCCAACAUAAAAUAGCUGGCAUAGUUAACGGAGGUGUUACAUCCGUAGGACGCAACCGGAUUUCUGUGGAGUUUUCCUCCUCUUCCGCUGCCAACAACUUUGUAGCAAACCCAUUCCUUGAAGAGAACAAGUUAUGUGCAUCAAUCCCUCAGUUCCAGGUUUCAAGAAUGGGGGUUGUUAGAAACAUUCCCAUUGACUGGUCUCUGGAGGAACUUGUUGCGGGCCUCCAAUACCCCACCAAUUGCGGACAGAAGGCGUCUGCGCGUUGCAAGAAGUUACUGGCCAAGAAAAAGGUUAUGGGAUGGCGUGACUUCUGUGAGUCUCUCGCUCCCCGGUCUCCUGCUUCUUUAGUCUGGAAACGUGUUAAAGCUUAUAGAAGGUAAUAUUAAACCUAGGAAUAGCCAAGAAUUCGCCGGGCGCUGAUAAGGAGUUCAACAGGAUAUUGGAGAGAAACUGGAAGGACUGGCUCCAGCUCUAUACUGACGCCUCAAAAUUCUCCGAUUCUAGCCACGUUGGAUCAGCUGUAUGGAUACCUAAAUAUAACAUCAUCCUUAACUUUAAAUGCCCCUCUAGCUCUUCAAUCUUCACAGGUGAGUCCAUUGCCAUUUUAGAAGCCGUGUCUUAUAUAGAAUCUCACAAG